AUGGAUUCCUCUCCAUACAAAGAACCUAUUGACCAUAUCGAAACCAAGCAUGAGCAUGCCGAAGCCGAAGCUGAUGCGAAAGCUGACAAGGCCAACGAGAUCCUCAAGAAUGAGUCGUCGGGUCAACGCAUUGUCCUGACCCCAGAGAACAAUGCCCGGGUUCUGAGAAAAAUCGACCUAUACAUCUUGCCUGUCAUCUUGGGAAUUUAUCUUCUCCAGGCACUCGACAAAGCAACCCUGUCCUACGCCUCGGUGUUUGGUCUGGUUGAAGAUGUGCAUCUUGUCGGCCACCAAUAUUCAUGGCUUGGUGCGAUUGUGUACUUGGCCCAGCUGGUGGCACAGCCUUUCAUCGCAUACUUGCUCGUGAAGUUACCCCUUGGCAAGUUCGUGGCCGCGAUUGUCUUGCUUUGGGGGAUUUCUCUUUCGGCAAUGGUAGCGGCGCACAAUUUUGCUGGUCUGCUGGUUGCCCGUCUCUUUCUGGGACUGUUUGAAGCAGGAGUUGCACCCGCCUUCAUCGCUUUGAGCCAGAUGUGGUGGCGUCGACGCGAACAGCCCGUCAGAAUCGCAGUGUGGUACGCCUCGAACGGCAUCUGCAACGUUUUCGGCUCCCUCCUUACCUAUGGCAUCGGACACAUCCAUUCAAGCGUUUUGAAAUCCUACCAGAUCAUCUUUCUCUUCUUCGGGUUGAUCACCGUCGCCUAUUCCGCUCUCGUCUUGUUCGUCUUGCCCGAUUCUCCUGUGACUGCACGGUUCCUGAAGGGUGAAGACAAACUUGUGGCCAUUGAGAGGCUGAGGGCGAACAACCAAGGCGUCGAUGGCAACCGAUGGGAUUGGGGACACGUGAAAGAGGCGGCGCUUGACCUCAAGACCUGGAUGUGGGCAGCAAUGAUGUUUGCUAUAUCAGUACCCAGUGGUGGGAUCUCAACUUUUGGUCCGCUGAUUGUGAAGAACUUUGGGUUUGACAAAUUCCAAACCAUCCUUCUCAACAUGCCCUUUGGGGCUGUUCAGCUCAUUUCCACCAUGGGAGGAGCAUGGGCUGCCACCAAGUUGAAGAUGAAGUCUCCGGUCCUGGCUUUUCUCAGCUUGCCGCCUAUUGCUGGCUGCGUCACUUUGCUCUAUCUUCCAAGAGAUGCUUCGGCCAGGGCUCCCCUGUUGAUCGCGUAUUAUAUUAUAUCUGUGUACCCGGGCAUCACACCUUUGAUCUACUCAUGGAGCGCCGCGAACACGGCCGGAGAGACGAAGAAAAAGGUCACCACGGGCGCCUUGUUCGUCGCUCAGUGUGCAGGAAACGUGCUCGGGCCAAACUUAUACACAACAGGAGAAGCACCUCUCUAUCAUCGGGGGCUGAUGUCGAAUCUUGCCUUGUUCGUUGGGUUGAUUGGCCUCUAUGGUGUGACCGUGGUUUAUCUCAUCAUGCUGAAUAGGAGACAUGGGAAGACUCGAGUCAGCAUGGGGAAGAAGGCAGUGUUGGUGGAUCAGUCAAUGGAGCGAGUGAAGCAUGCCACCGCGGACGAUGAAGCACAGGACGUUCCUAUCGGCGAACAUGCAUUCACUGACCGGACGGACUUUCAGAACGAAGAUUUCAUCUUUGUAUACUGA